AUGCCUGGAAAAAUUAAGCCUGUUGCAUAUUUAUCUCAAAAUGAAGAUAUGGAUAAGUACUUCCACGAGUAUCAGUCAUUAAAGAUGUACUCUCAAAAUACGGACCAAUGUACUCCUACAGGAUAUACGAAUAAUAAUUAUUAUCAGAAUUUUAAUUAUAAUCAACGAACUUACAAAAGUCAUCAGAGCUCUAAUAUGCAACAUUCCCAUGAGACCUUAAAUAAUAUUGUAAACAAUUAUAGAAAUAUCCAUCCGAAUAUUCAUCUUAAUUCCAAAACUUAUGAUGGCAAUUCCAUCAACCAGGGGAGUAAUAUUACUGAUUUCAAAUCUGGCAUGUCUGGAUAUUAUGACUAUAAUAGCAGCAAAAGUAGAUAUUUGGAUAAAACUAGCCAUUAUAACACUCCAUAUAUCAAUAGUAAUAAUAACAAUGAGAAUUAUAAUUAUUAUAUUGAUCAAGAAAAAAACUCCACACAAAACAUAAAAAAAUUUUCCAAAAAAGAUAAUAAUACCUCAUCAAAUAAAUAUAAAAUGUCAGAGUUGAAACAAAAGACACAAUAUAACUCGCCCUGGCUCUCGAAUAAUUCUGUUAUUGCUAAUCAAUUGAAGGAAACUUAUCCUCAAGUAUACCAAAAUACUAAAAAAAAUGUUUUGAGUCCCAGAAGUAUUGCUGAAAAAGCUGGCGAUACAUAUCCCGCAGCAAAUCUAUCCUUUUACCCACAUAAUAUUACAGCUCAAGAUAAUCAAUUCCCAACUGCUAUUUCCGAAAAUGAUAUAAGCAGUAGAAACCAUAGCUCAACAAUACCUCAUCUCGAUAAACAGUUUAUGCGGGAUUCCACUUUACCCAUUUUUUCUGGCAAUUUUGAUUUCUUAGGUCCAACGCAAAAUGAAAUAGGGAGUCCUUAUCCACCAAAUUCAGCUUCCAAAUUUAAUGUAUACUUAGAAGAUCCAUUAUUUUCUUCCGCAAUAUCCCCUCAAAUACACAGUAAUGACUUCGCCAACAAUCUGGUACCUCCUUCAAAUAAUGUGAUCACCACGCUACAACGGGACACUUUCAUGAAUAACUCGUAUCAUAAUAAUUUAGCUUCAUUAGAUUUUGGUUCAACACAUCUAGACUCAAAUAGCAAUAACUUAACCAACACUGUUAAUUCAAGGUUGAUUAAUAAUGUUGAAGAUCAUACUAAACUUUCGACUGCUAAUUCUCCCCAAUUAAGUUCUACUAGUAAUAAAAUCUUAAUGUCUGACUCUUCAUUGGGUUGGGAUUUCAAUGGGCCUAACAAUACUGCCUCUAGAGGUAAUUCGUUUGGUAUUUGGAAUUCUGACAUGAGCGUCUGGAGCUAA